AUGGUCAAGAAGAAGCAGGAGAACAACAUUCCCCUUGACUCAGACACUCAGACACUAGCAUCUCAGAGAGACAUGGUAUACUUGUAUCAGGAUCUCCUCCCAACCAUGAAGAUGAAGAUCUCCUGGAGGACUUCUUCUGGCAGUCCUCCUCUCUCUUUUCCACCUCUCAAACCCAUAGGAUUGCUGACCAUACCAGAGACUCUCUUAAUGCCCCUUGGAUGGCUUGACAGCCAGACACUAGACCUCCUUGAAGCCAGUCUCACAGCCUCUAUCUCUCUAUCAGGACCAGCUUCAGGGUGGAGAGGGUUCUCUUGGAUGAAGAGCAACGACGACGAGUAUGAGAAGAAACCAUUCACUGGUACUUCCCGACCUGAGACUUCACUGUCCCAUUUAACUAUAAUGAUGCCAUUUGACAGAAGGAGCAAAAGCAGUAGAAUAAGCCACAAUCAGUACAUUGUGAGCCAGAGGAGCAAACUGCAGUCCAUGAGCAGUAGAGGCAGAAAGCCGCACAGUAUGACAAGCUCCACAGAAACAAGCAGUGAGAAGUUGAAAGAGCCAGAUUGA